AUGGGCGCCGGCAGCUCCGCCGAGCCGCCCGCCCCGCAGGACGGGGACGGGGCCGCCGCCCGGGCCCCCCGCACCCCCCCAGAGCCGCUGCCGGCAGAAGAAGCGGCGGAGCCCGCCAAGGUUUUAGAUGCAAGUUUACCAGUACCUGAUGUUGAUGAAGACAAUUUGGAGCAUGAUGCCCCACCACAGGAGCCACAGCAGCCAGGAGCUGUUACAGCACCUCAGGAGCUGGAUGGGCAGCAGCCAGAGGUGGCUUCACCCCUCCAAGAACCACUCGGAGAGCAAGCAGAGGCCACUGGAGCAAAUGUUGGACAAACAGAACAUUCCAGUGUAACUUUGAAGGAAGACACUGAAACUAUGGAGACAAGUCCAUCUGACUCAAGCACCAAGGAUGAUGUAGAUGCUGAGAAAGAGGAUGCUCAUACAGUUAAACAGUUGCCGUCUUCGGAAGAAGACGCAGAAGACCAUGCAUCUGAGCCACAGUCUUAUGAUCUGGGUUUUAAAAAGGUUUUUAAAUUUGUUGGGUUCAGAUUCACAGUGAAGAAGGAAAAGACAGGAAAAUCGGAACCAGUUCAACUGCUUACUGUAAAAAAGGAAACACAAGUCCCUGAAGGAGCUGAUGAUCAAAAAGAAGUCAGCUCAGAAGAAAUAGCGAUGCCCGAGGAUGCACUCUCUGCAGAAGACAACACCAAAGACACACUGAAAAAUGAAAAAACAGAAGAUGAAUCUCCUAAAACACCAGAAGCAAAUGAGAUUUGUUCUCAGUCACCUGCCUUAACCACUGAUACUGCAUCGCCAUUAAGAAAAUUUUUUACUCAGGGAUGGACUGGAUUUAGAAAAAAGAAGAGUUUUAGGAAGCCUAAAGAAGAUGAACUACAGUCUCCUACGAAAGAAGAGGAGCAAGAAAAGGAGAGGGCAACAUUAACAACUGAAACCAGUGAAAAGGAGGAGAAAUCUGAGUCUGAGAAGCAAGAUGAAGAGAGGAAUGUGACAGCAGUAACUAUUGAAGCGCAUGAGAAGGAGCAAACUGAAGGUGAAAAGCAGGAGUUGGAAAAGACUGUGGCAGCCAUAGGAGUCGAAGCAAGUGAGAAGGAAGAGCUAAUCGAGCAUGAUGAGCAGGGACAAAAAGAGGAUGCAGCAGCAGCAGUUAUUAAAGAAAGUGUGAAGGAGAAAAAAGCUGAAGAUGAUGAUCAAGAAAGGAAACUGGUGGAAGUCUCAGAAGAUCUUGGUAAAAAGGAAGAAAAAACUGAAGAAGGAGAGAAAGAAAGUGAGGUGACAGAGAAACCACUAAAAACAAGGUCAGUGGUACCUGUUGUCACUGACAGUGUGAACGGAGAAUUGAAAACGUCCUCGGAAGUCAUACCUGUGGGAGAAAAACUGGAGUCAAUGGAGAAGUGUGGAAUAGAUGACAGAACUGAAAUAUCCUCUGAAGAGAAACCUGAAGCAGGAUCUUUGGCAAUUGAAAUUUAUAGUGAAGAGCUUAAAAAAUCUGAAGGAAGAGAAGGAAAUAAACCUGCUCCACUGGGGGAAGAAACAUUUGAUGAAAAACCGGAGGAAGCUGAAUUGAAAAUGUCACCCACAGCAGAAGACAUCACACAAGGAGAAGCUCCAGACAGAACCACAGAGAAGAAAGAAAGCAAAGAACAUGAGACAAAACUGACUCUGGGUGCUCCUGGAUUGAAGUCCUUUUCUACUUCCGAACGUUCAGUUGACACAGAGGAUGAUCAACAGUUAAUCAAACCCGCUGAUGAAGGACUACAGGGAAAAACUGGCAUAGUUAUGACUGAUACUAUCAAACCAGAUGAAAUAGCUCCUGAAGAGGCAGCUGGAAAGAGGCCUCCAGAAGGUAUCACAAAUGAAGCUGAACUGCUGUCUUCUCAAGAAAAAGCUAAACUACAAGGCAGCCCUUUAAAGAAACUCUUUACAGGUACUGGAUUAAAAAAACUGUCUGGAAAGAAGCAUAAAGGCAAAAGAGAAGAAUCUAAAUUAGGGGAACAGGGUGAACCAAUUCAGCACUUAUCAGAUUCCCCAGAUAGCCCAGAGGAACAAAAGGGAGAGAGUUCUGCUUCUUCUCCUGAGGAGAUGAAUGAAAUUCCUUCUUUGGAAAAAUCUGUAGAUGGAAUGCAGGUCACUGAAAAUGAAGAUGCUGCAAUUUCAGAUGUGGAGCGAAAAAGAGAAAGUGUUACACCCUGGGCAUCAUUUAAAAAGAUGGUGACUCCCAAGAAACGUGUCAGAAGACCUUCUGAAAGCGAUAAAGAAGAAGAAAUUGAUAAGACAAAGAGUGUUGCAGUGUCUGCAACUGAAAACGCUGUUGAUGAAAAUCAGGGAGAAUUAAAAGAAAAUGGGAUGGACCAGAAACCAGAGAAAACCACAGAAGAGCCCAAAAGAAAGGUUGACACCUCUGUGUCCUGGGAAGCUUUUAUAUGCGUAGGUUCUUCGAAGAAAAGAGCCAGGAAAUCAUCAUCAUCUGAUGAAGAAACUGAACAUAAGCUUGGUCAAGAAAGCCAGAAAAUAGAAGAGUCUGGACAGAGCAAAGAAAUGGCAACAGAUGCAAUUCUUACUAGUUCUCAGGAGAGCGAUCAAGGACAAGGGAAUUCUUCCCCAGAACAAGCUGGAAGCCCAUCCGAAGGUGAAGGUAUUUCAACAUGGGAAUCAUUUAAAAGGUUAGUCACUCCAAGAAGAAGAUCCAAAACCAGAAUGGAAGAGAGAACUGAAGAGUCUGUUGUCGGAUCUAGCCUGGAGCAUUCAACAUCGGAUGGUGAGCCUGGAAAAGAUGAAUCGUGGGUUCCAUUUAGAAAACUGAUGCCUGGGCGUAGGAAGAAAAAGUCAGAUGGAAAGCCAGAACCAACUCAUCUUAAACAAGCAAGACAAGACAUGGCAGAAACAACUGAAGAAGAUUCAGAUAUUCCAGCUGUUGUUCCUUUAUCUGAAUAUGAAGCAGCAGAGCAGGAGAAAAUUGAGGCCCAACAAGCAAAAGAUGCUGAAGCGAUGAGAGAACGAACCUCAGAGGAAGAGAGAGCAGAAAAAUUAGAGGAGACCCUAAGAAUUGAGCAAGCACAUGAAGGGCUGGUACAUGCAGUUACUGUUACCGUUGUGGAAGGGGAAAGGGUGGUUACCAGUAUUGAAGAAAGGUCACCAUCUUGGAUAUCUGCUGCUCUGACAGAGUGCAUUGAGCAGGCAAAAGAAGAAGAAGAGAAAGAAACUGAGAAAACAUUUGAAUCAGAUGUUAUUGUGGAAGAAGCAGUGGUACCUGUGAAGACAGUGCCAGAGAUGAGAAAGGAUAUAAGUGAUGACACCACAGCAAGUGAGCUAGAGCUAACCUCAGAAGCAGUGACAGCUCUGGAGGAGACAGCAGAAGCUUCCUGCGCUGAAGAAACAAUGGAAGUGUCCCUUGCUGAGGAGACAACUGAGAUGGUUUCUGCUGUUUCACAGUUGUUAGAAACCCCAGAUACUACAGAGGAAGUUACACCUGUACAAGAAGUAGAGGCCACUGAACAAAAUUUGAAAGAAUUGGACAAACAGACGCAAAAAGUUCUUCACGAAGUUGCUGAAAGAGUAAAGUCAGCAGAUGUAGCACAGCUGGUUAGUGAAAGAACCAUGACAGCAACUAUAAUUACAACAGUACAAGGAAUUGAGUCAGAAGUGAAAGAUGAUGCUAAAGAUGGGAACGUUGUAGGCCAGGAAACUGUUUUGCUUGAACAGUCCUUGGAAAAAGGAGAACACAAGGAGGAUGGCCUCCAGCCCCAGGGAAGUGCAGGGAGCAUUCAGGGCCAAAAUGGAGCUGAAGAGAGUGUUCUACACGAAGGUUCAGAGACAAGUGAAAUAUCUGCUGCAAUGAAAGAAAGCACAGAAAGAUGUGAAAAUGUAGAUGUAUUGAGAGAUGAAAGCCAGUGGCAGGCACGUGAAGAAGUGGUUGUAGAAGACCAUGAAGAAAUAUCUGAAGUGCAGAGGACAGUAGAGGAACCUUCAUCACAUGACAGAGAGUUUCACAGCAUCAAAGCAAUCACUCCCAAGGAAGAGCCAUUUGCAAAGCAGGAGCCUUCAGAACAAGAGAAACUGCCUGUAACAGAGUUGACGGUAGAUGAGACAAGAGAUGAACGUAUUCCAGAAGUACAGAUUGCAGUGCAGGACAAGACAGAGGAUGAAACCUCGUCCUUGGGGCUUACAGCUGAAGAGCCUGUGCAGCUUGAAGGAGAGGGCAAAACCCUCACUGUGGGACAAGAGUGCACAGAAGCAGUUGUCACUGUGGUCCCCAUUAAACCUGAAAGACAAGAUGAAAUUUCUGGCUUAGACUCAGAAGAGGAAGCUUGUACUAAAGGAGUUCCUAGCAGGGCACCUGCCCAGAGAGAGGAAGAGGAAGAUGAUGCUCUGCUCCUUGGAGUAAAAAGCACAGAAGUCGCUGUUACUGAGGUUCCACUGCCGAAUGAGGUAAAAACCUCUGCCCUUCCUUCAGAAACAAUUGGCUCAGAAGCAGCUGCCGAUGCUGAGCAGAGUGUGAGGGAUGGGGCUGGCAGGCACAUUACAGCAAAAGAUUCUGUGCCCAUCCUAGAGCCACAAUGCAGAGAAAAAACAACUGAAACCCCCUCCCAGAGUGAUGAAACCGAAGGUGGCAAAAUGGAAGAUGCUAUGCUCGAAACUGAAACACACUUAGAGAGCGAUACCACUGUCACUGAGGCUCCCACGCAGAUUGAAGCAGACAGCGUAUCUAACUUAGCAUCAACAUGCCCAGAUAUCACUGAAAAUGGAAGCACUGUCCUCACUGACGUAAGUCCUAAGAAAUGUGAAACACCAAGCAGCUUAGCUGAAGAAGAUACUGUGGAAAAAGAACAAGAACUUGUAGAAACCUCGAACUGUCAAGACUUUCAGAAAGAAGAUAACAAAAAUGAGGAAUCAAUGGAAAGAGCCAAAGAAGUAUUUGAAUCUGGAAAACGGGAAGCUGUGAGAAGCGAUGAAUGUUCAACUGCUGUCCAGCAAGAGGUUUUAACUGUGCAAGAGGAAAGCUCUGACUCAGCCUUCCUACAGGCUGAAAGCUUGGAGGCUCUGAAAGUGCCUGUGCCCGUAGCAGCUGCAGCAGUUGAAGAGCAUGUCAUGGCAGAAACCAUAACGCCCGCAGACACGACAGCCAAAACUGUACAGCCCUUGGCAACCACACCAGAGCAAACGGCUUCUGAAGAGGUCCCAGUUACUACUGUUGACUAUUCAGGCUGUGGGACUGCAGAGCUUGGUAGUGCAGAAGCACCUGAGCCUCAAGUAACUCCUGCUUCCAUGAACGGAAUAUCAGAGGAGCAAGAGACGCCCCAGAGUACAGGGCAACCCGAACAAAAUGGUAUUCCUCUAAGUGACAGUCUGUCUCUCACCCACACGGAAUUUGAGAAGGAUGUUGUUCAGUCUGUGACUAUAGAGUCCCAGAGUACGAAAAUUGUAUUGAACGCCAUCCAGACGGCUGUUCACAAACUUGCAGAAACAGAAGGGUCAGCUGCCUUUGAGUCAGAGCAGCGCAUUAAGUCUGUAGGGAAAGACCCAUCAGAUACAAAUAUACCUGAACUUCUGGAAAGUAUGCAGGUGGAUCAUCAACUUCCAGUAAAAGAGGUAGAGAUACGGAGUAAAGAACAAGAGCUCCAGCAGUCAGGAAUAGUGAAAACUGCUACCUUAACAGAGUCUGCAGAAAUUCAUGCAACUGUAGAAAAAACAAAAGACAUGCUGUUAACUUCUGAGAUGCUGAAAGAUGGACAAAGUCAGAAUUCUUUAACAAUUGUGACUAGCCCCGAAGAUGUUUCAAGGGAAAGUGUGAGACUUCAGAAAUCAACACUAGAACUAAGUACUUCAGAAGAUUCAACCAAAGACCCCCUAGACAUACACCCACCAAAAUUAAGGGAAAAAGAGGCUGGGCAGAUUAUGGAAAUCCCAGACCAACAUACAGGUCAGCAAACAUGCAGAGAAAGUGAGGAAGAGCAACAUCACCCGCCGGUGGAAGAUGGGAAAACACAGACAUGGGAGGAUGAUAGUUGCCAAGAAGGAACGUCUUGUGAUAGUCCACAAAGUCAGAACUCAGUGGCCCUGAGGCCUUGAAUAUGUGCUAAGCAUCCAUGUGGCAUUUGGAGAUGCCAGUCCUAGAGAACAACUGACAAUCCUGUGACAGAACCAGGAGCUUUAUUCACUACCCUUUAUCCUUGGAUGUUAACAUCUGCUCUUUUGAAGACCUCACCUUUUUUGUCAUUUCUGUUAAAAAAACCAAUGCCUUUAAUGUUGGCUAUAUCCACACGUGUGUUCCAUUUGAAGUUCAUUUGCCUCUGCCCAAAAUACACCAUUUAGCCUGGAGAUGCACAACUGAGUGAAUGGACAGACCACUAAAAUUUGUGCCACAGUUAUUACCGUCCCCUCACGUAACGUGUGUCCUGUCUGUCCCAUCUCCUUGAACCCCUUCACUCAUCCCUGAAUCCCCCUCCCUUCUUUCUGCAGUCUCCCUUACCCCCCACAUCUUCUGUAGCUGCCUUGAUCUGACCUACGAGUGGCCGUAGAUGCUGCUCAAUGUGUGUGUGAGGGGGAAGAGGAGGGCUGACUGGUGAGAACACGAGACUUCUGGCCGAGUAGCAGAUGUGUCUUUAUCAAACAGCAGGAACUGGAUCACGCACAAAUUCUUGAGCAAGAUGCUCAAGAUCGCUGCCUUUCAGUCCCAUUCAGGUAUCUGUAUCCAUCCUUCAGUUGUAUUUGUGCAGGCCUGAUUUAGUCAGAAAUUACUUCUACAGUGUAGCUUGAAAGGAGAUUGAGAAUACCCUUCUUCUGUUGUUCCAGACUUCAGGUCUCAGGACUGGACUGUAAUGUGUUGAAUAUUUAUAUGUAUGUCUUAAACCCAGUUCUGAUUUUAAUGUAGAGCUAUGAUACUUCUGUACUAUUUAGGCGUACCCUUAAAUGAAUUUUGUAGAGUAGCCUGGAGAGGAAAUUGAUACCAUUGGAGCGGAAAUUGAUAACAUGUAGUUUCCUAUUUAUUGUUCCAGGUUUUUCCCCUUGUAAAAUCUCUCAAAAACUUGGCUGUCUUGCUUUGAAUAUUUAUAUGUAUAUCCUAAACCCAGUUCUGAUUUUAAUGUAGAACUAUGAUAUUCCUAAAGACAAAAGGAGAGCCCUGACCUGUGUCAGAUCCACCAAUCACUUCUACUUGCAGUUCUCCCUGGUUUCUGAGAACCCUCCAGUCUUACCAUUUCCCUGUCGUCUUGCUCAUGUGGUACCACAACCCUCAAACUGCACCCCUCUCAUUCCAGAGUCUGCUCAUUUCUGGUCACUGCCCCAUCCAACCCGAAGCCUUUCCCCACACCUACACCAUCUAACAUCCUUCCUGCAUACAAGCUUCCUCCUUUCCCAACCCCUGCCUGAACCUCUUUCCCACCACAGCAUUUCCUGAAAUCCUCCCCACUCCUAUUAAUUCCCUGUCUUCACUGAGGGGGAGUAGGAAGGAGGGUAAGGGCUUGAUGAUGAAUUCUGCCUUGGAUUGCAAAAAGCUGAUGAGACCUUUGGGGUGCUGAGAUCUUAAAAACCUUCAUGUAAGGUGGAUUGGGCUGGCAACAGCUGUAGACCAGAAUGAGCAGGGUGAUUUAAAGAUGGAAAGAAGCCCCAAGACCGAGAGUUCUGGGAUGUCUGUCCCCAACAGGAGUUGGUCCUCUCUUUUGUUGUUUACAUUAAAAUCAAACACGGGGUACAAGUCAGUACUUUCAGCUCUGAUUUCUAAAGUGAAGGUUACAGAUCGCACUUUGUGAAACCGAUGCCCAUCAAGUUGAACAAUAGCUUACUAUCCUACCUGUAUAGUAAUUUAUUUUAAAAUCAACUUUUAGUGUACAAAUGCUCUUGUUAUGGCAGGUGCUUGCCUCUCCUCGAGGCUGCAAGUACAGCAAGCAAUGUGACUGAUUGCACUGGUGUGAUUGCACCAUCUGGUGCUGCCCUGCGUGGAAGCAUCAAAAGAUUUUUCCUUACCUCAGAGCAAAUUAUAUAAAUAUUUAAAGCCGAACAAUGUGGCUUCAAACAAUCCAGUCUAUCUCUGGCCAUCGUUAGCGGCAGCUUUCCCCCUUAGCUUUGGGCAAUUCCAACAACCUCGGUUGGUUUCCACAGGUUUAAGUUGGCUUGCAAGUUAAUCAUGCUCUUAAUAACACCUCACAAGUGCAAACUUGGCUGAAUUUGUACAAAUUGUAUACCUAUGUACGUUAAGCCAUAUUGCAAUAACUGCAGCAGGUAAAACGAAAUAACAAUAGCAUGACCUGUGUAAUCCUGAUUCUUAUGUUUGUAGCUCCAAAGCUGUUAAUAAUAUGUAAAGUUAAUUCUUGUCUGAACCUCAUUUAAAUAAAGCUAGCUUUACCACAAUGUAAAUUGUCUGUUGGUAGUAAUUGGACAGGCGAGUGCUUUAGCUUGCCUGUUUUCUCCAUUAAUCCAGGGCCUAGGUAAGCAAUGCAACAAACUUAACUAUAAAACAAAUACAAAAGCUUCCUCUUGUAACUGACAGCUAAAAAAAUAGUGCACCCGAAACCACGCUAAUGGUGCAAGGAGCAUGCCUCCACAUAAAGAUACUACUUUGUUACAGCGCAUUGCUUUGGCCUCUGAAACUCUCAUUUGAGACUGUGACUUCUGGCUUGUGCUUAAAAGCUUGAAGCUUUCUCUAAUCCAAUGUAUUGGGUUACCAAAUUUGAUUUUGUGUUUUUAAGGUAGAUUUUCAUUGAUUAAAUAAAAUACAACUACAAAUUUGUUCUAA